AUGCAAAUUGCACGUGGGGACGCUCUCGCCCACCUCCCAGCACCCGUAACCCCCAUACGCGCCAUACUCUCCUCCAUCCUCCUUGCGCAGCGCGCCGCCCUCCAGCGUAUCGAAGCCAUCAAAGCCACCAACCGCGAUCCAGAUGCCUGGUAUAUGCCCGUUCACGAAGACGAUGAAUUCCGGGCCGAGCUCAACGAGGGAGUAGGUUUUUAUCUGGAUAUCUAUUCCUCCUCCGAAGAAGUAAUCUCGCUUCUCCACAAAUGGCCAUUUGAUGAUGCGACCAAGGGAGUUAUUCCUAGCAAGCGCUUGCCGUAUGUAGAUUUAAUAUUGGAAUUUGAUCGGCUGAAUGAGAAAUUGCAUAAAUUGGGACAGGCGAGUAUGGGUUAUCAUGUGAAGUAUCAUUAUAUUCCGAAGAUCGAGAAUCGAGCGGUGGAAGUGGUUGUGAUAGAGGAGUUGGAUAGAUAUGGUGCUAAGCUGGAGAAAAUUCUGAACGGGGUGGUGAAUGAUGUUGAAAAGGAGAAGGAGAGUGAAAGACAGGAAUCCCCAGUAUUGAAGACAACGCCGAUAUUGAAAACAAUACCGAUAUCGAAACCAGGAGGAAAAUCAACACGAAUUCCGAAAUCUGUGAAGACGGGGGCAAAUUUGAGAGAGAAAAGGAAAGGGAAAGAGAUAGCGAAAGAUGAUGAUGAAAUAGAGAUAGAUGAAGAAAUGGAGGAACCCCCAAUACCGAAAACAACGCCAAUAUCGACAUCAGGGGUAAAAUCAACACCAACCCCAAAAUCUACAAAGAUGGAGGCAAAUUUGAGAGAGAAAAGAAAAAGGAAAGGGAAAGAGAUGGCGAGAGAAGAUGAUGAAACAGAGAUGGAUGAAGAGAUACAGGAACCCCCAAUAUCGAAAACAAUGCCGAUAUCCAAACCAGGAGGAAAACCCAUCCCAGCCCCAAAACCAAAAUCAGGUGGAAAAUCAACCCCAACCCCCAAAACAACAGCAGGUGGAAAAUCCAUACCAACCCCCCAAUCAACGCCCGUACAAAAGCCCAAACUAAAGCUCAAGCUCAUAUCUCGGGAUCCACGAGUUCGUCAAAACUCCACCCCAAAGGCUCCCGAAGGAUGA